CCACAUACGAAAUGUGUGACUUCCUCAGAACAUAAAGAUUAAACUGACACUUGUGAUACUUUACCACUUCACACAACCCGUGCUGCAGAGCUAAGGUCUCAGAAAUAAUCCACAUUCUUCCAUGCAAUGGACGAAAUAUAUGUCAAUGUUAAAUGUCCUGACCCAGCACCUUCUACAAAUCACACAGGUCAAAUGAGCUCUAAGAGGAGUUUCUAUUUGGGGGUUAUUCUCUGUCUGAGCCUGCUGAGUGUUUUCCUGCUGGUUACACUGAUCACUCUUGGUUUAUUUUACCAUAACUGCUUAUAUGAUUCAGCUAAACAGUUGUCAGAAAUGAAUAACCAACUUUCCUCCAUGGGUGAGGAGAGAGACGUUCUGAAUGCAAAUCUCUCUGCUGUGAGUAACAAUCUUUCUUCCAUCACUGAGGAGAGAGACCUUCUGAAUGCUAAUCUCUCUGCUGUGAGUAGCCAACUUUCUUUCAUGACCAAGGAGAGAGACCUGCUGACUGAAAAGACCAAAGAGCUGAAAAGGCUGCUGUGUUUGUCCAAUCAGAAUAAAACAUGCCCUGCAGGAUGGAGCAAGUUCAGUUGUAGCUGCUAUCUCCUCUCUGAAAGGUCUGCUUCCUGGGAUGAAGCCAGAAAGGACUGCAGAGACAGAGGAGCAGAUCUUGUGGUUAUUGACAGCCCAGAGGAUCAGACUGCCCUCUCAAAUAUUGCUACAACAGAAGCUUGGAUUGGUUUGAAUGACAAAGAACAGGAGGGAACAUGGAAAUGGCUAGAUGGAACUCCACUGACUCUCAUACCUGCUGGGAACUGGGAAGAAGAUCAACCUGAUAAUGGUGGUGGAAGUUCACACUGGGGUGAAGAGGACUGUGUACAUGUCAGAACUGAUAUGAAGAAGUCUUGGAAUGAUCGCUCAUGUUCAACUUCUUUUAAGUGGAUCUGUGAAAAAACACCAUAAAAACAGUAUUCAGUUUCUUGAAGAUGAUAUUUUCAUGGUCUUUGAGUUUUGCUGUUGAUUCUUUCUUUUGCAUUUAAGAGAUUUUUUAAGUACAUGAUCUGUAUGGUUUGCUCCCAGUAUUUCCUAGUACUUCUGAGUUUUGUUAUGUAUAUUUUUAGUUCAUCGUUUCUUGUUUAACUAUGUAAGUUCCCUUUUGUGUCCUAGUCUGGUCUUUUGUCCAGAGCAUCCCUUGUGUUUAGUCUAUCAUUGCCUUCUGUCUGUGUCAAGUUGGUAUGUCUUUGUCCUAUGGUCAGUAUUACUCACUUCCUGUUUGCAACAAAAGAACCUGGAAGACACAAUGCUGCCCAACAAAUGUACGUUUAUUUACAAUUAGUGUUUUCAUGUACUUGUGGGAGCUUUUCUGCUGUUGUAUCCUCAGCUCAGUGACCUGCCUUCCUCCAAGUCCCAGUGUCACUGAAACAGGGAGAGGAUGAUUAGUGCAUUGGAUCCAACUGCUCUUUUCUCAUUAGUCAGAUUCUGUUCAGUUGUGUUCCCUGGUGUUUCCCAUCUCCCUGGUUACCUGAUUUGUAUAGCGCCUUGUCUUUAGUUACUAGUUUCUGUGUAGCAAUGAUUUAUUUUUGUAUUAUGAGUUUUCAGCUGUAAUCCACUAGUUCAGCAAUUGAUAGAAAACUAAUUUAUGCAACACUCUUGUAGAGUAGGCUGAGGACAAGCAUCUUUCUCUGUCUGUCCUUCUCAGUCUAUGUUAUGUCUUACUCUCUGCUAUCUGUUAUUCAAGUACUAUUAGAUUUCUGUUCUAGUUCACUGUGUAACUGUAAACAGAUUUAUUUUGACACAUAUCUGUUCCCAGAAUAAAUGUGUAUUGGAGAGGAGAUGUGUCCAAAAGGCUUGUUGAAACUGCCACAGCAAGCAUAGACUUUUAGUCGAUAUGAUGUUGCUCCUUUGCAAGUGAUUAAACGCCUUAAACUCACUGCCCUGUGUCUCAUCUUAUAAUAAAA